AUGAUGCCGGGCGGCGGCGGGUGGGACGGCGCGGUCACCCCGGGGAAAGGCGCCGGCCCGGGCGCGCGCGACGGGCACGCGGAGACCCGGGGCGGCGAUGGAUACCGCGGCGGUGGGGGAGCGGGAGGGGGGGCGCACGGCGGUCCGGGGGCGCACUCGCCGCCCUACGGCAGGUCCCCGGGCUUCUCGCCGCAGGGUAGACCGAUGGGACCCGGGCCGCCGAUCACCGCCAUGGCCAUCGCCGACGCAAUCUUUGACGAGAUACGCAACAGCGGCACGGACGUGAAGAAACCCGAGAUCACGGACAGGCAGCUGGAGCUCCUGGCGUUCGUGUUCGACGCGAAACACCUGGAAAACUCGCUCGUGAUGUAUCAGAAGCGCGCGGUGAAAAAACUCGUCGCCGUCAAGUCCGGGCGCUCGUGCUGGCAGGUUCGGGGCAAGUCCGGGGCGAAGGAGGAGUACCUGGUGUUCCCGACGCACUACUGCAGCUGCAGAGCUUUUCAGUGGGACGUCCUGUCCAAAGGCGAGCAGCUGAUAUGCAAGCACAUGCUCGCGGUGAGAAUCGCGGAGGCUCUCGACGAUUACAACGUGACGGAAAUCGACGACGCUUUGUUGGCGCAGUUGCUGGAGGCGUACGCCAACGACGUCGGGGACGGCGGCGGUGGCACGAGGCGGGGACUCUCUCGCAGGGGAGGGGGCGGGGGCGGGAACGGCGGGCGGCGUUGA